AUGGCCUCUCGCUCGCGAUCAAGGACUAGCCCCCCCUACAGGCUGUACCUGAGGAAGAAAGAUCAGCCUUCCGAGUCCGCAAGAACCCUCUUCGUCUUCUGUCGGGCGCGCAACGACGCCAAAGCCGCGGUGCAGAAAUGGAUCUACGGCGGACUCACGUACGCCGACUGGCAGGACGCCUGUGACAAUCCGCUUCUCAACGACCCCGUUGACAUGGUCGACACGGGACUCUACGGCUACGUCGACGCAGCACAAGUCGAAACUCCAAAUUCGGCGUUGCAAAAGAUCAUAGCCCUUUCGACAAGCGACUUGGACAAGUUUACCGCUGCUUGGAACGAUUGGUUUGAUGCGAGGAUCAACGAAACACUCAGAAAAGGCAAGGGAAGAGAAGGCGAAAUGUGCAAAGAAGACGUCGAGAAGGAUAUUCGAGAAAAGGAAGGUCGCCAAUGGGAGGCGAGCUACUUCAAGACCUUGGCAUCGAACAAGAUCGAUGAGCUUUACGCAGAUUUUCUGUUGAAAUGUUGA